AUGUGGUUUGAUUUGAAUGUGAACGAAAAAAAAACUUGGUGGCAUAGUUUGGCAAAAUAUUUUCUUACGCUUGGUCCGAUUCCGGAACAUAUUGCUUUCAUUAUGGACGGUAAUCGACGAUAUGCUCGCAGACAACGGUAUUCGUCGUUUGCCGAAGGUCAUCGCAAGGGUUUUGAUAAGUUAACAAAAGUAAUGCAGUGGUGUCGAGAAUUUGGUGUAAAAGAAGUGACCGUGUAUGCGCUUAGUUUAGAAAAUUUUAAGCGAAGCAGAACUGAAGUUGACGACUUGAUGACAUUAUUCGAGCAUAAACUUUUACAGCUUCUUGAUGAAAGAGAUAAACUUACUGAAAAUGGUAUUCGUAUUCAAUUUUUUGGUAAUUUAAAGCAUCUUCCUCGAAAACUUCAACAAUACAUGGCGAAAAUUGAAUUAUUAACGAGGGAACACAAUAGUGGCACAGUGAAUGUAUGCAUUGCUUAUACGUCGCAGGAUGAGCUGAGAAGAGCUUUUGUUACAAUAGCUCAUGGCAUACAAAAAGGGUUGUUGACAACAACUGAUAUAAACGAAUGUUUGAUAUCACGAUGCCUUGAUAGUCGUUUUUCGAGAGAUCCAGAUCUGCUGAUUAGAACAAGUGGAGAGACACGUUUGAGUGAUUUCUUACUAUGGCAGUGUUCAAAAUGUCAAAUCUAUUUUGAUGGAGUGCUGUGGCCAAACUUUGACUACUGGAACCUAUGUAAGGCAAUAUAUUUUUAUCAACAAAGUCAGAUACCCUUAAAGCGGCUAAAUGAAAACUGUUUGAUGGAACAGAAACCAAUAGAUAAUGAAAAUGUAUUGGAGUUCCUCCGCUGGGCUGAUGAAGAACGUUUGGAAGACUUACGACAAAUGUCUGAGGCAAUAUGCUGA